ACAUGCCAACUUCUAAAAUUAUCGUACUUACGACAACAAUCGAUCUUUUCAAUGGACAAUAAAAUGCGAUGAAGUCAGAAACGAAUUUAUACGUUAGAUGUUCACCCCAUCCACGUUUACGAGAAUUGAGGACGUCGAGUUGAACAAAUGAAUCGAUAGUUAUUUCACGUGUUCCUAAUCACUCUGAAAUCAGAGGCAAAGUUCAGAACUGUCCUAGUUUUUACACGGAAAUGCCUGCAAUUAGAAAAGGCGACAAAUUGCCCAGCGUGAUCUUGUACGAAGCUCUACCGGAAAAUCGAAGAAAUAUUCUGGAUCUGGUUGCUAAUAAGAAAGCCAUCAUCUUUGGAGUCCCUGGGGCUUUCGUUCCAGGAUGUUCUAGGGUCCAUCUCAGAGGAUUUAUCGAAAAAUCGACAAACCUGAAAUUCUUUGGCUUUGAAGAGAUAAUCUGCGUGUCUGUGAAUGAUCCAUUCGUGAUGUCUGCUUGGGGAAAUGCCAAAGGAGCAAAUGAUAAGGUGAGGAUGCUGGCAGAUCCCACGGGAUCAUAUACCAAAGCCAUAGGAAUGGACGUGAAUAUCCCGGAAUUGGGAGGCACCAGGAGUAGAAGAUACUCCAUGGCCACCGUGAAUGGCAUUGUAAAAGAAUUAUUCAUAGACGCACCCGAUGUGAAACUUAUGUGCUUACAAACAGAUGGUGUUCCUACGUAUUGUACUUAACAUUGGUGUAGCAGCAUAACAAUAAAAGUAGUAUUUGCAGUUACUCGUAUAUUAUACGAGAAUAUGGAUCAUUUAUCGCAGCAUAAAAAUACGUAAACAUCUUCUUCCUAACGCUAACAUUUAAUUGUACAAUAGAGUUUUAAUAAAAAAGAGGUUGACCUCUUUGUUCCAUAACCAGUUAGCUGUGUUUGACAAGUAUACUCGUCAUCGCUUACUCUUUGCAACACAUUUUAAGUACACACUUUUCAAAGAGGUCGCAACAGCUAACUGGUUAUAUUCGACGCGGUUUUCUUCUUCAUUUUCUUUAAUUAUAUCUGCUAUGAUUAUUUCUAAUAAUAGUGCAAUUUCACGAAAACUUUUAUCCUUUUUUCUGUGAUAUGUUAAAUCUCAUGGUGUACUACAUAUAAACAUAUCGGUGUCAAUUACCCCUGGUAUUAAUUGUACAAAAUAAAUCUAUUCUGCAAGUUCGAAAAAUUAAUUUCCAAGAAUUGCUGGAUCGCAGAAUGUAAACAAAUAUUCUAAUAUUAGCGAUCUGGAAAUCAGACAAUUCUUUGCCAAAAAUCUAUUGUACAAUUACAUGUUAUUGUUAGGAAGAAAUUAUUUAUGUAUUCUUUACCUAUAAUAAAUAAUCCAUAUCUUUGUACAAUGAACAAUACAAUAUUACCACUUUCUUUUGUACGAAGCAUACAAAUACAGAGAUACUGCUGUGUCCGAGUAUGAGUAAACUGACAAAUUUCAAUUUCCAAAAUCAUCAGACUUAAAGAUUGAAAAAUUCAAAUUUUCAGACUUACGAAGCUCAAAGUCCAGACAUUUUGUGUUUAUUAAUAACCCUAUUCCCAAUAAUUUUCUUUGCAAAAUUUCCUUGAACUUCUUGUCUCAAAUUCAUCGAAUAUACGUAGUAUCUUAGAACGAAGUUACACAGGUAUAUAACUCAAGGUCAACGUAAGGUCAUCAAGGUCAACGUAAAUGAGAAUCGUCACAGAUAACCUAAAAUAAGCUGUAAACAAGUAUCGCUUAGCGCACGAAGUAUGCAGUGCUCGGCAUUCCAAUGGAGUCCGGCAAUUGAUGACUUCCCGCGUAUACUUUUGCACGUUGUCACAAGUGCAACGUGAUUCCAUCAUAAACACGCUUCGUCAAUUUUCAUCCGACAGCGUUGUGAAUCAGAACACGCGAGAUUAUACGCGAUUAACAUGGCGUGUCAUUCGCCAUACACUUCCGUAAAUUAUUGCGAAUUAUAAAUUUAUCUUAUCGUAACGGCACGUUCACGCUGAUCUGAAAAAAGAAGAAAAUUUUUACUGCGCAACAGUUUGUCCUCACCUUUGACGUGUUUCAUAAAUACAGCAGUAACGUAAUACAUUUACGACGAUAUUUCUUAUUUAUUGAUCCUUCAUUUUUCGUACAUAUACGGUCAAGACGUUCGAGAUAGUUUUAAGGCUGCUUCUAUGCGUAAUGCCGUUACAGCUAUUUGACAUUCUUUCGAGUAUUAAUAAGCAGAUACUUGAGCUCAGCAGAAUCUGAGGAAUACUAUCUGUUUUUAUUUGACCUAUCUCACUGUGGAGGGAAACACUAGAACCGCCGCAUAUCGAUUUGAAGCGCCAGAUUCCUAGGUGACACACUUUGAGUAACUUUGGAUGCUGGACUUGAAGAUGCCACUCUAACAGUUAUAGUAGUUUUGGUGAACUUUCGUACUUGAAAGAUUAAUAUCGAUAUUAACUUCAGGAUUUACAAAACAUCAAACCGUGGGAACCAGAUAUACAGUGGCUCAAAAAAAUAUUUUAUGUAUAUAUUUUGAAAUGUCAUUAGCGCUAUAACGAGACAAGGUUAUGAUUGAUAUUGGAAAAAUUUGAAACGGAUCGGAAAAUAUAUAUAGAAGUUACAAGAUAUUUAUUGGAAGCAUAUACUUCGCAAAAACCACCAAAGUAUGUUAACAGUCAAUUAUUUACCACAUUAAUAAGACACAUAUAUAAUAAUAUACAUAUAGUGAAACUAUAUUAUUUAUAUUAUUAUAAUUACUAUUUAUACGUUUAAGACUACUAUUCAUGCUGUAUACUAAUUUUUCAUUUGAGCGUAUGUUUGCGAUAAAGGCCUUAUACAUUUUCAGAUUGGUUUCAAAUGUUGCUAUUAUAAUUAGGAUAGUAGUGUCUCGUUAUAGUGCUAAGGAAGUUUUAAAAAAUUCUGUACACAGCAUAGUAUUAUUUAUAUUGUAGGUUCACAGCCUGUUACAAACGAGGUUAUCACUAUGCACGUAUCCACUACAUAUAUCCUACAUAUAUAUAUUAGCAUUUACACAUAUCAACACAUAUACAUAUACAUAUACAUGUACGCAGUACAAUGCACAUAGUAUAAAUGUUCGAAUAUUUUCGUGAGCCACUGUAUCUACACCUCAUUAUCACUACAUAUACUUCAGUAUUCAAAUAUCCCUACGCUUCCAAUAUUGAAAUAUCUCGAUCUUCAAUAUUCUAAUAUUCUAACAUGACAAGAUACAUUCCGAUACAUUAAUUCUCGCAUAUUCCAAUUCAAGUGUCACAGUAGGUUAAUAGCAUUUCAAGAUUCGAAGGACGCGUGCAAAAUGCUUGCGUAAUCCGGACGCGUCGCGUCGCAAGCGAUGCACCGGUGGUAAACAGUGCGUUGGCCGGGAUGAUUGCCUGCGUGGGUCAUUACAAACUGGGUCAAUAGGACGGAAUAUCUGCUUGCAAACUCAAGAUACGGCCAAUAAACAAUCCCAGUCUUUAGUGACCAAUUUAUAAAUACGGAAAAUUUCUUUUCCAUGUAAACAUUCAAAAUGUAGCUACCUAGUAACUUCAUCAGCUUAGAACUAGAUCAUAUACUUGACAAAACACUCGAACUUGCAAUUGUAGGCGCUCGAUGAUUUCCAUAAUCGCUCCUAUUUGAACAAUAUCUUUCUCAAUUUCGUUACACAUUUUAGCUGCAAGUAUACGAUCGCAUUUGUUACGCACCAGUGAUGUAAAUAGAAAUUUGCAUAACGUGUAUGCAAAGCAUUAUCGGUCGCGUGAGAUAAAUAAUCGCAGUCAAACCAAUCUCGAAAAACAUCAUACAAAGCGGAAACUAAAAAUCAAAAGAGGCGUAGCGGCUUGAUAAAAAGUUUGAAGAGGACAACGCUGUCGCCAGUCAGGUAAAAGUGGUGUUUCAUUGAAGAGAUCCGAGAGUUCUCGUGGCAGUCUUCUAUUUUUAACAUUGAACAGCCAUGUAAUUUCAAUGACCGCUCUACCUGCCGGCUAUUUACGACUUAAACCGACAAUCUAUAAACCGUGCUUUUUCUCUAAGCAUUCAUUACCAAGUAUCCGUGAUCUUUAUUAUCAGAUGUAGUUGAAUUUUGGCUAAAAUUAUGUAGAAAAAUGACAAACACGAUAUAUUUCAAGAAAAAACAUAAAUGAAAUUUAAGAAGAAUAAGAUAAAUAUGAAAUAUCGAAACAGAUAUGAAAUACUAAAAAUAUACUUAACUCCGCGUUUGAUUAUAUUGGCCAAAAUAUUCAGGUCAAUUUUGUUAUUCAGUCGCUAAUAAAUU